AUGUCUCACUUCCACAUGACUCAAAUUAUGUCGGGUCAUGGAUGUUUUGGGUCUUUCCUGCAUAAAAUCGGCAAGAUAGAUGACCCUACGUGCGCACAUUGCGGCAUUGCGGAGGACACCGCGGAUCAUACACUCUCCGACUGUUCAAGUUGGGACGAGGAACGUGCGAGUCUUCUGCUGGCUCUGGAUGUGGACAUUUUAACGCUUGGAUCUGUGGUUGCAGCUAUUCUUAGGAAUAAGGAGUGCUGGUUUGCGUUCUCACACUUCUGCACCUCGGUAAUGCUGUCUAAGGAAAAUGCCGAGAGAGAGAGAAAGCGUAUGAGGAGAAAUGACGUUGGUUCUAAUGGAAAUAAUAGUGCUUUAACUCCACUGAAAUAA